AUGGCCCGUGAGCAUGCGGCCACUCCACGCAGAAACACAGCAGGAAAGGGUGAGAGGGGAAAAAAGCAAAAGGCAGCACAAACACACACGGAGGGAACAGACGACAGGCGGAGAAAAGCAUCGCCAGGGGCCUCACCCCGCCAGCCACACGCGGAGGCGGAUCCUCACCCAUCCACGACGCGGCUCCCAGAAUUUACACCGCCAUCCCGUCCUCAAUGGUUUGCGGCCCUCACCCCACGCGGUCACACGCGGUGCAUCACGCCAACAGAAAAAGAGACUCGCAAUGCGCGCUCUCUCUCCCCUCCUUUCCCCUCAUGCCCACUGAAGGAAGCGGCAGCUGCACGCAGCUGCCAGCACCGAGUACAAAGGAAGCAUCCACCUGCACUGCAAUGUGUGUGUCCUACGCGUGUGGCUGUGUGCGCCCACUGCCACGCUCAACAAAGUAGGAAAAAAAGGAAAAACAAAAAAGAGAAGAGGCGUAAAGCAUCUGAAGGGACGCGCAAACACAAAUGCACAGCAGGCGUCCACGGCGGAAAGCAGUGGAAAAUCAAACAACAUUCAUUUAAAAAAAAAAAAAAAAAUUUCCCGUCCCUCACAUUUUAA